AUGAUGCGUCAGGGCAUGCUCAAGGAGCUGGCGGCGCUGGUGGCGGAGCUGGUCCGCCUCUCCGAGGGCAGCGCCGACGACGCGGCGAGCAGUCCUUCGAUCUCCGCGGAGGGCUCGGGCCCGGACCUGGCGGCCUGGUGGAGGGACGUGGCCAUGCAGCUGAGCCCGCUGCUGGAGAUGCUUGAGCGCGUCGUGCCUGGCGUGGAGGCAGAGGUGGAGAAGCGCGACACCACGACCCCCGACGAGGUGAAGGCCCUUUUGCCGAGAAGUGUGCUGGGUUUGCUACCCGCGCCGCGCCCGUUCGUCUUGCGGACCCUGCGGGGCAGCGAGUUCGCCCACUUGGCCUGUGAGCAUUGCCUAGUCGGGUGCCUCGCUGAAGGCCCGCUGGGCGACCUGUGGGAGGAGGAGGAUGCGGAGGGUGCCCCCACCAAGCCGGCCGCCAAGCCGAAGAAGGCAAAGCCCGCAAAGGCCGACAAGUCCGCGACGACCUCCCAGGACCGCGGUGGCAGCGCGGGAGCGUCCUCCAGAAGCAGGGCGCAGGCGUCGCCAGAAUCAGCCGGGGGCCGCCGCACCAGGCGGGCCUCCCCGCCCGACGACGCGAAGGGCGGCUCGUCCUCCGCCGGCGCGGCCGCAGCUCCAGCGACGCUGCAGCAGCAGCUGGAGGCGGCGGCGGCGGCCGGCGUGGACGUCGCGGCGCUGAUGAAACAGCUGCAGGCGCAGGCUACCCGAGUGUGA